AUGGACGCCUCCUCCCUCCGCAUCUCCAAGUUCGAUGGAACUAACUUCCACGCCUGGAAGUUCAAGAUGCAGAUGGUGCUGGAGGAACGGGACCUAUGGGAGGUCGUCAGCGGUGAGAUCAAGGCGGAACAGUGCGAGACUCAGUUGGACCAAGCGACGUACAAGAGGAAGUCAAGAAAGGCGAUGGCAGUGAUCUGUCUAGCCAUGGAAGAUUCCCAGCUACCGUUGGUCCGGUCGGCAAGUGGUGCAUGCGACGCAUGGUCAAGGUUGGAAGACCACUUCGAGAAGAAGAGUCUUGCCAACAAGCUGUUCUUGCGCCGUCGCUUCUUCACGACAAUGAUGGAAGAAGGCGACGAUGUGCUCGAACACAUCAACAAGCUCAAGACGCUGGCGGAACAGCUAGAAGCGGUGGGGGCUCCAGUCUGCGAGGACGAUCUGGUGAUCACACUCCUCGGCAGCCUGAGUGACUCGUAUCAAUUCUUGAUCACAGCUUUGGAGUCGCGCUCAGACACUCUUAGCUGGGAGCUCGUGACGUCUCGACUGCUUCAUGAAGAAAUGAAGCGGAAGGAGCAAGGAAGUAAAGGUGAUGAAGCUUCGCAAGGUCAAGCGUUCAUCACAAGGGACAAUCAGCGCAAAGGGCGACCAGUGAAGAAGUCCUGGCCGUGCCACAAUUGCGGAAAGAUUGGUCACUGGAUGGCGGAGUGCCCCUCGCGCAUCCAAGAAAACACGGAGAGACACCGGCCACAGCGUGCUCAAGACAGCGGCGACCGCUAUCGAUCACAACGUGCAAACGUCGCUCAAGAAGAAGACUCGGGCGACUACCUCUUUUCGAUCGGUGAAACGACAUCUGCGAAAUCGAGGGACAUCUGGCUGGUCGACUCCGGGGCGACGCAGCACAUGACGUGCUCCAAGAAGUUCAUGCGGAACUACAAGGGGUUUGACGCUGUGGAUGUCCAUCUCGCGGAUGAUGGAAUCGUCCAAGCAAUCGGCAGUGGGGACAUUGUCAUGUCGAUGAAGACACCCCAAGGGAUGAAGAAAGGUGUGCUCACAAACGUGUGGCACAUCCCAAAGUUAUCCAGAAACCUGUUCUCGGUCGGCCGCUUCAUCAAGGAUGUCGGCCCAGUGACGUUCACGAAGGAUGGGUGCUAUGGAGAAGCGAAAGGGACCAAGUGGAAAAUUGGUGCCCGUGAAGGUAAAGGACUGUUCAAGCUGCAAAUGACUCCAGUGGCGCCGGAACAAGCAAAUGCAGCCAAGUCGUCGGGAUGUCAAGGGGGCACCAAGUCGUACCUCUGGCACCUUCGGCUUGGCCCACAUAGGUCACGAUGGACUCAAUUGCAUCGUGACGAAGAACAUUGGAAUUGGCAUCGACAUAUCUUCGGUGAAGAAGUGGGACGUGUGUGA